UUCCCCCCUGGAGCGAUGCUCCCGGAGCAGGGGAGGGCUGUGAGCAGCCGGGUGUUGUUUGCUGCAGGGAGCAGAGGGCUGAUCCGUUAUUCCAGCUGGCAUUUGGGAGCCGUGGGCAGCUCGCAGGACUUGGCACUUCCUAUUUUUCAUGUGCUCUGGAGGUGGAGUUUGCACUCGCUUUAUGUCUGUGGUCACCCAGGGCAGAGCUCGGGUGUGGGAAUUCCUAUUUAUCCAGGCACCGUUCCCAGGGCACCCCACACGCCUGGGAGGGAAAUUCCAGGCUGUCAACACCACAGCAGAGCCCUGCUCCUUCCGGACAGGAUGCCUGGCACGGGUGAAGUGAGUCCCCUCGCAGCCAGGGCAGAGGAGAUGGAGCUGCCUCUGCCCAUCCUGCCCAUCCCUCCCUCCUGGAUGCAGCCAUUGGAAUUCCAUGAGCCUGACCCAGGAGCUGCUGUCACUGGGCUCUGCCUUGUCAUUUUUGUCUUAUUGAGAGCCUCAGCUUGAGGCUCAGGCUGACAAAAAUCAAUGUUUUCCCAGCGCAGGAAAUGCUUCCAAAGCUCCGUGUUUUUCCUGAGGGCUGUAAAUAACCCUGCAGGCGACGUCUCUGUCACUGCUCCCGGAAUUCUCAUCCCCGUGGAGCCUUGGCUGCCCUCGGGUUGGGGAGCUGGUGGCUGGGAGAUGCUCAGGGAGCCAGGGCUCAGCACCAUCGUCCUGGCAUGACUGGGGGAGCCUUGGCCACAGCAGGGGAUCCCUGAGGAGCUGGGAUUUGCUCCUGAGGGGCUGCUGUGUGCUCCAGAGGUAGGAGCAGCACUGGGAUCCCCAGAGGGGUCUGGGACUUUCAGCUUGGCCAGGGGGGAAUGGCAGAGCUGCCUGUGAUGGGGACAGACUUGGUUCAGUGACAGAAUCCCAGAGUUGUGGAAUGGUUUGGGUUGGAAAGAGACCAAAAGCUCAUCUCAUCCCACCCCUGCCAGGGGCAGGGCACCUUCCACUACCCCAGGCUGCUCCAGUCUGGCCUUGGACACUUCCAGGGAUCCAGGGACAGCCACAGCUGCUCUGGGCACCCUGUGCCAGGGCCUCAGCUCUCUCUCAGGGAAGAAUUCCUUCUUAACAUCAAAUCUAAACCUGCUCCCUACCCAUGAGCAAUCUAUCCCCAUCCAUCCUCACACCAGCAGCAUCCCUCAGCUGAAAUAUCUCCUCUCCCCUCCCGGGGAUGUAUUUAUAGGCUGAUCCCAUCCCCUCCUGCUCUGCCAGGCUCUCCCUGCCAUGUGCAGGCUCUUGCAGAAGCAGCUCCCAGCUCUGCCCAUCCAUCCUGGCUGUUUUCCUGCUGUUCUCCCCUCCCUGUGAUUUGUAGCUCUGCGGUUUCCCAGGCCAAGAUGCAUCUCCAGGGUCGGCGGCGUUUUAAUCGUUCCCAGCAGAGUUUAAAGCCGCGCUCUGCCCCAGAGAUGGACACCUUCAGCACCAAGAACUUGGCCCUGCAGGCCCAGAAGAAGCUCCUGAGCAAAAUGGCCACCAAGACCAUCGCCAACGCCUUCAUCGACGACACCAGCAGCGAGAUCCUGGACGAGCUGUACCGGGCCACCAAGGAGUACACCCACAACCGCAAGGAGGCCCAGAAGAUCAUCAAGAACCUCAUCAAGAUCGUGAUGAAGCUGGGGGUCCUCUACCGCAACGGGCAGUUCAGCCCCGAGGAGCUGCUGGUCAUGGAGCGCUUCCGCAAGAAGGUUCACACCUUGGCCAUGACGGCCGUCAGCUUCCACCAGAUAGACUUCACCUUCGACCGCAGGGUCAUGUCCGGCGUGCUGACCGAGUGCCGGGACCUGCUGCACCAGGCGGUCAACGGGCACCUGACGGCCAAGUCCCACUCGCGCAUCAACCACGUCUUCAACCACUUUGCGGACUACGAGUUCCUGUCGGCGCUCUACGGCCCGGCCGAGCCCUACCGCAGCCACCUGCAGAGGAUCUGCGAGGGGCUCAACAAGAUGCUGGAGGAGGAGAGCAUCUGAGGCGGGCUCCUGGCAGCCGGACUCUGCCUCCCGCGAGGCCGAAGAUGCGGCGUCUGCUCUGACCUUGCCGGGCUCGCCGUCCCCUCCUCCUCCUCCUCCUCCUCCUCUGCAGUGCUCGCUCGUGUUCUCCUCGUUUCUCCAAGAGACUGAACCUCUUGGCUUUGUGUUCCCCUUGCCCAGGGUCUGCAAACCCCUCCCUGCGCUGGGCUGAGCCCUCUCCAGGCCCUCCUGGGAUUUUGGGCCCCUGCUGUACAGUUGGAUUUCCUUUGCCCACCAAGUGCCUUUAGCUCAGAGUCCAAGGGUUUGGACUCUUUGCCUUGAACUCUGUUCCCUCUGCGGGGAAACUGAACCAAAGACUCGUGGUGUGAAGCACCUCUGAGGUUCUCUGAGCAGGUGGGACGGUGUUGGGGUGAACAGUUCCGAGACCCCCUAACUGCAGGGCUGUGGAACGCCCUGGAUCUCUUCCAGCAGCUCCACAACGUGGUGGGAGCAAAUCAUGGUCCAGACUUGUGCUGGCUGCCUCAGGCAGGACGGUGCUUCUGCCUGGGCUUAGGUGUCCUCAAAGACAAAUCCCUGAGGCCAGGAGGAUCCCUCCUCACCUGGGGGAGGGCUGGCAGGGAGCUGGGGGGAGCUGCUGCACCCCUGCAUCCCUGGAGCCACCCACCAGCCUCCAGUGGUGGUGCCACCUGGCAGCUCCAACGCUGUCCUUGGUGGUCAGCCAAAGCCCCCCUGGGAUUUCAUCCCUUUUCCACGCCCUUGACUGAGUGAUGUUCGUUUUUAGCAAACUCUGUAGCCCUGAUGAGUUAUUUAAAUAAACUCACUGUGUGCCUGGGA